AUGGAAUCUCAUCCACUAAAUUUAGCUCAUCAACAGCACAGACGGGCUGAGACCCAUUUAAAAAAUAAUCGAUAUGAUGAAGCCAUACAAUGUCAUCACAAUGCCGCGGAAUUACUCUUAGAUGCUAUGAAAUCUACAACCUCAUCAGUAGCUUUAGAAUCAAUUACUUUACAGCAUAGCUAUCAUCUUAAACAGAAAGAUUUAAUUAAAAACAAAAAAGAACAAUAUACAAGAGUCAAGAAAGCUCUUGAAAAUAUAAAAUGUUUAAGUAAUGAUCCCAAAUACCUUCUUCAAGGAAAUGAUAUAACUAAAUUGCAAGUUGCUAUAUAUAAAAUUUUAAAUGAAUCCAACAAUCUUUUAAACAUUUUGUCUAAUAAAUCUGAGGUAUCUGAAAGAGGAAUAAUAAAGGAUAUUGUUAAUAGAGAUGAUGAAGUAGAUGGACUGCAGAUGAGAAAAUCACAAAAGGAUGUCACUGAAGAACUUCAAAAUGUAAAUCAAAAUUUAAAUUCAACACUGGAACAACUUUUGCUACAAGUUGAAGUAUUGAAAGAUGAUAAUAUUACUUUAAAGGAGAGAAUUAAUUAUCUGGAGAAAGAAAGAGUAAAAUAUCUCAAUAUCCAAUCUCAAGAUGAAUCAAUGGAGAGAAAUGAUUUUUCUGCAUUAAGUUUGUUGAGUGAUGGUUUUGUAAAAGAAUUUAAUUCAAAAGAUCCAACAUUAAAUAAACCAUUUAAUUUAAAUGCCUUUGAA